AAUCAGCCAGCUGGCUCCUGCGUAAGGAAUGGCUCCCCAGUUCCGCAGCUACGUCUGGGAUCCUGCUCUCAUCGUCUCCCAAAUCGUGCUCAUGCAGGCGGUUUACUACAGCUCUCUGGGCCUUUGGUUGGCUCUGAUGGACAGCCUGCUACGGAGCAGCCUGUCCCUGGACCAGAUCUUCAGUUACGAGAUCUUGGGAUUCUCCACACCUCCUGGGAGAGUUUCUAUGAUGGCAUUUGUUCUAAACGCGCUAACCUGUGCAGUGGGCUUACUGUAUUUUGUCCGGCGUGGAAAGCAGUGCUUGGAUUUCACGGUCACCAUUCACUUUUUCCACCUGCUGAGCUGCUGGAUUUACAACAGCCGCUUUCCCACUGCUUUGACCUGGUGGCUCAUACAUACUGUGUGCACAGCACUCAUGGCUGUGAUUGGAGAAUACCUCUGUAUGAGAACUGAACUGAAGGAAAUCCCCUUAAGUUCUGCCCCCAAAUCCAAUGUAUAGGAGUCCUGUCUCAUCCAGUUGGCUUCUACAUCUUGGUGCUAA